GAGUGAUAGGUAUUACCUCAUGGCAAAACGGUUUCAUGGCGCAUAACGUGUUGAUUAGUUCGGCGAUUGAAAGCUCGAUUGAAACUGUCGCCGGUUAAGACUGAAUAAGCUGCCAACAAUGAGAAUGUUUGGUGAAGAGGACGAAGAAGGAUUCUGCGUUUGCAAUAAAUUAUCGGUGCCUGAACCGAGGCAGGUGGAACCCGUUGGGAGAUGGUACGAAGCGUUCUGCCUCCGGCAGCGAGGGCGCCAUCAUAGCCACUCGCGCACAUCUUUUCACAACAGCUCAGGUGAGCAUGACGGCUUGGAGGAGGUGGAGGAUGAGGAUGAGGAUGAGGAUGAAGUGGAGACUGGUGAGGAAGAUGCUGACGAGGUCAACUACCUGAAGAACCUUGAUCCGAAAUUAUGGAAGGAACAAGAUCACUACAGGGUGCUGGGUCUUCGAGAAACCAGAUACAAGGCCAGUGAUAGUGACAUCAAGAAAGCCUAUAAACGCAAAGUACUUCUCCAUCAUCCCGACAAGCGGCAGGCGAAGAGGGCGGUCAGUGAGGAUGAUGAUUACUUUACCUGUAUUACAAGAGCGUACGAGAUCGUUGGCAACCCGGUGAAGCGGCGCGCGUAUGACAGCGUAGACCCGGAGUUCGACAGCGCCAUUCCUUCGACGAACGCUCACAGCCGCGAGAACUUCUACGAGACGUUCGACGCCGUGUUCUUUGAGAACAGCCGGUGGUCGGUGGACCAACCAGUUCCUCAGCUAGGAACCAACAAGUCAACGUUUGAGGAGGUGGAUAAUUUCUAUAGCUUUUGGUACGACUUUGACUCGUGGCGAGAAUUCUCGUACGAGGACGAGGAUGACAAGGAGAAGGGAGAGAACCGCGACGAGAGGCGCUGGAUCGAUAAGAACAACCGCGUGGCGCGCAAGGAGAAGAAGAAGGAGGAGGUGGCGCGACUACGUACCCUCGUCGACAACGCGUACGCCUGCGACCCUCGAAUUCAGCGUUUCAAGGAUGAGAAGAAGCAGGAGAAAGAGGAGCAGAAAAGAGUGAGACAGGAGGCAGCCAGAGGGAAGAUGGAGGAAGAGAAGCGGUUAAGGGAAGCUGAGCGGGAGGAGGCGAGGCGCAUCAAGCAGCAGGAGGAUGAGGAGGCACGCGCGCAGGCCGCCGUCGCCAAGCGGCAGAAGGACGCGCAGAAGAAGGUGCUGAAGAAGGAGCGAAAGAGCCUGCGCUCUGCCGUGAAGGACGCCGACUACUUCGUCGCCGCCGACGACGACGCGACGCGGCUCGCCAACAUGGAGGACGUCGAGAUGCUGUGCGAGAGGCUGGAGAUGGUCGAGCUGCAGGCGCUGAACGAGACAAUCGCCGCGGGCAACGCGGCCGCCGCGCGGGACGCGUUCAACGAGCAGGUAAAGAAGAUGCGAGCCAGGAUCGAGAAGGAGAAGGCUGAGCUACUGGCGGCCGAGAGGAGGGACACGAAGGGAGGAAGCACCGCGUCGACGACGCGGGACAAGGACUGGACGGAGGAGGAGAUUCAGAUUCUCAUCAAAGCCGUGAACCUGUUCCCGGCGGGGACGAACCAGCGGUGGGAGGUGGUAGCCAAUUACAUCAACCAACAUUCUACAACGAAUUCUGACAAAAAUGCCAAAGAAACACUGGGUAUGGCGAAAAAACUACAAAAAGAUGAUUUCGUGCUGAAAGAGGAUGCCAAUAAGAAGGCAUUUGAGAAGUUUCAGCAGCGGAGCAAAGCGGCAGACACAAGGACGACGCCGGCAGAUGAGUCGGCACCCAGCGCGCGAUACGAGACGCCCGCCGAGAUGAUGGGUCUGAAUACGUCGCCGUGGACGACGGACGAGCAGAAGAGGUUGGAACAGGCACUGAAGACCUAUCCAUCCAGCACGGCCGAGCGCUGGGAUCGCAUUGCCGAUGCGAUUCCAAAUCGAAGCAAGAAGGACUGCAUCAAGCGUUACAAGGAACUGGCAGAGAUGGUGAAGGCGAAAAAAGCCGCGCAGCAAGCUGCUGCCAAGUCUGCGAGGUCAUGAUGUGUGUGUACGCCCGCGGUUCAGUCCCCCGUCAGCCGCAUUACCGUCAACGCGCACCAGCUAAUCAGAAUGUCCCACGUCACCCCUGUUUUUGCCAAGUGCUAGUAUAUGUUAUAUUUUAUUAGGUAAAUCCCUCUCGGUAUUGUUCUCGAUAUGUACAAAACCUACAAUCGGGUAAGGACGCAUUCGCUGUCGAAGUUAUCGUUGUAAUAGUCAAUACGGAGUGUGACGUUUGAUUGUAAAUAACCACGUAUGAAAUUAAAAACUUCUAUAACGUUA